AUGCCGCAAAUCCCCAUCACCAUUGUCACGGGCUUCUUGGGCUCGGGCAAGACGACACUCAUUCUCAACCUCAUCCCGCAACUUCGCGCCCAGAACCCAGACUACAAACUCGCCCUCCUAAAAAACGAAUUCGGCGAUCUCGCAGUCGACUCGCAACUCGCCGCAAACUCUUCCAUAUCGGGUGUUCAGGAGCUUCUCAACGGAUGUAUCUGCUGUAACCUCGUUGGCCAACUCGGCCCCGCGCUCAAGGAACUCGAAGACACCGUCGUCCCCGACCGAAUCGUUAUCGAGACCAGUGGUUCUGCUUUCCCUGCGACUCUCGCUCUCGAAGUAAACCGUCUUGCGCGCGAGUCUGGAAAGUACAUCCUUGACGGUGUCAUCAGUGUCAUCGACGUUGAGAACUGGAAGGGCUACGAGGAUACCAGCUACACAGCCCGCAUCCAGGCGCGCUACACGGAUCUCAUCGUCUUCAACAAGUGGGAGAAUGUCAGCAUGUUGCGAUACGACGAGUGUCUCGACCGAGUUGGUGAUUUGGAGGUAGACGUUGCCAAGGUCAAAAGCGACAAGGGCAAAGUCCCUAUGGACAUAAUUUUUGGUGUGGAUGGUGGCUUGGCGCAAGAGUUGACAGAGGGGGAUGUCGAGAAGACCAACGGACACAGCCAUGAGCACUCCAACGGCACAACGAACGGACACUCGCACAACCACCAGAGCGAAGUUGAAGUUCUCUCAGUUGUCCUCAAGUCCGACACCUCAGCCCGCAUAAAUACCGAAAAGCUCAUCACAUUCCUCUCCUCCGCGCCUAAAGACGAGGCCUACCGCAUUAAGGCUCUCGUCUCUCUCGCAACUACACCAACAAACUCGGACCCUGAUAUUCCCAAGCCAGCGCCCAGCGCAUCAGGUCGCUACAUCCUCAACUGGGCGUUUGGACGCUGGACGUUCACGCCCGUCGCGGAAGCGCUGCAAGAGCACGACUCAAGUAGCGAUGUUACACUGCGCAUGACGAUGAUUUUUGCACGGUAUGAAAGCAACAAGUGGAAGAAGAGACUUGAAGCUGGUGGCUUGAUAGAACUAGACGGUGGUGAUUCAAGUGGAUUGACCGUUACUAAAAUUCUAUAG